GCUCUGACACUUUCUUCUCUGUGCUCCCUACUAAUCAAUUCACCAGCAUGAAGGUCUUCGUGAUGCUGUUACUGGUGGCAGUUUCCACCUUUCUGGUCUCAGGCCAGUCUACCAGUGCUCCAUCUGAUAGCUCUACUGCUGCCUCUGAUGCCACCACUGCUGCGGCCACCACUGCUGCGACUACCACUGCUGCGGCCACCACUACUGCGGCCACCACUGCAGCCACCACCACUGCAGCCCCUCGCUCCACAACCAGUGCUGCUCAAGGGACCACUCGACUGAGCCUCCUGGAUAUCUUAAGGAGACUGCUGGGUUGAAAUAUUACUAAAAUGGAAUUAACCUGGGCCUUCUGCAUUUGAUCCUGCUGGGCUCAGCAACAAUGUCUCCUCAUUUGAUUUAAUUCAACUACUUACCACGUGUACCAUCUCUUUCUUAUCCCUAAUCAUUUUGUCUGUUUUCCAAUAAAAAAUAACACUGAGCAACA